CGUUAGGAAAUUUGUAAACAUUUACCAUAAUUUUGGUAUUUGUUUUAUAAAAAUUACAUAAUGAGAGAAAUUGUACAUAUUCAAGCGGGGCAGUGUGGUAAUCAAAUCGGUGCGAAGUUCUGGGAAGUAAUUUCAGACGAACAUGGCAUAGACCCGACAGGAACGUAUCAUGGGGAUUCAGACUUACAGUUGGAACGCAUAAACGUUUAUUACAAUGAGGCGACCGGAGGAAAAUACGUGCCACGUGCGGUCCUGGUCGACCUGGAGCCGGGCACCAUGGACUCGGUCAGAUCGGGCCCUUUCGGUCAGAUUUUCCGUCCAGACAAUUUCGUGUUCGGACAGAGCGGCGCCGGUAACAAUUGGGCCAAAGGCCAUUACACAGAAGGCGCCGAAUUGGUCGAUUCCGUGUUGGACGUGGUGCGAAAAGAGGCCGAGGGAUGCGACUGCAUGCAGGGCUUUCAGCUGACGCACUCGCUGGGCGGGGGCACCGGAUCCGGUUUGGGGACUUUGUUGAUUUCGAAAAUUCGCGAGGAGUACCCCGACAGAAUCAUGAAUACUUUCUCGGUGGUGCCGUCGCCAAAAGUGUCCGACACCGUGGUGGAACCUUACAACGCAACCUUAUCCGUGCACCAGCUGGUGGAAAACACCGACGAAACAUACUGCAUUGACAACGAGGCUCUGUACGACAUUUGCUUUAGAACGUUGAAGCUUACCACUCCAACGUAUGGUGAUUUAAAUCACUUGGUGUCGGCCACGAUGUCCGGAGUGACCACUUGUCUACGUUUCCCCGGCCAGUUGAAUUCGGAUUUGAGGAAAUUGGCGGUCAACAUGGUGCCGUUUCCGCGUUUGCACUUCUUUAUGCCCGGAUUUGCCCCGUUGACGUCGCGAGGCAGCCAACAGUACCGAGCCCUGACGGUGCCCGAACUCGUGUUGCAAAUGUUUGACGCCAAGAACAUGAUGGCGGCCUGCGACCCCCCGACACGGGCGCUAUUUGACAGUGGCUGCCAUCUUCAGGGGUCGUAUGUCCAUGAAGGAGGUGGACGAGCAGAUGCUUAACAUCCAAAACAAGAACAGCAGUUACUUUGUCGAGUGGAUACCGAACAAUGUGAAAACCGCCGUUUGCGAUAUCCCGCCCCGCGGCCUUAAAAUGUCUUCGACGUUUAUCGGAAACUCCACGUGCAUUCAAGAAUUGUUUAAGAGAAUUUCAGAACAAUUUACGGCUAUGUUCAGACGCAAGGCGUUUUUGCAUUGGUACACUGGCGAAGGUAUGGACGAGAUGGAAUUUACCGAGGCCGAGAGCAACAUGAACGAUUUGGUAUCGGAAUAUCAGCAAUACCAAGACGCGACCGCCGAAGAGGAGGGCGAAUUCGACGAGGAAGAGGAAGCCGACGAGGGCGAGAAUUAAACAUGAACACCCGAAUUUUUCGACAAAUCUUGUAGUACAAUUUUUUGUUUGUAACUUGUUUCAUUCUCACAGUACCUACCUACCUAUUGAUAACAAUAUAUUUUAUGGUAUACAUUAUAUUUUGUAUUUGUUAAAAUUAUUAUAAAUGCCCACGAAUAUUCUCAUUGUAUUUUAUUUACAAAAAUUUAAUAAGCCA